CUAGCUAAAUUGGUUGAGAAAUGUUCAACAUAUCGUUAGUAGAUGUGGUGAAUCAUUAGGUGCCUCCACGUAAAAAUGCACAUCGAGCCACACCUCGUGUUUGUGCAGUGUUUGUUUCAAUAAUUUCAUAAUCUUAAUAUACAAAUUAUCGUAUUUUUAUUCAUUCAGUUGUAUGGUAACAAGGCUGCGCCUGUUAUAUUGAAUAGUAAUGCCUUGCUGUUUUAAACAAAAGGAUAAAAAUGCGGAGGAACUCAACAAGCAGUUGGAAAUUAUUAGGCUCGAACUUGUACCUAAAGAAGAAUCGGUGGUCGCCCAAGACGUACCUCCGCAUUUUGGGCCGGGAUACCUCAUCUGGAUCGACGGACACAUCAAAAAUCAUUGUCCAAGAUUUAGUAUUGAUUUAAAAUCAGAUAAAACUCCGGACGCCGACAUUAUACUUCAUAUUAAUCCUCGACUAGCUCUACACUACGUUGUCCGCAAUACUAAACAAUCUUCGUGUUGGGGUGACGAAGAAACAAACUCUGUCCAUAAAUACGUAAACUAUGGUAUAAAGCCCAAAACUGAUUUUACUUUAAAAAUAUACGUCAUCGCCACCGAAUACUUAAUUAUUUUCAAUGGAAAGAAUUUAUGUCAAUACAAACACAGAAUCUCGCCCAACAAAGUUAAGGUGGUUGAAGCAUGUGGAAUGGUGGAUGUGAAGAAUAUAAAGUUUGAACAAACCCCAACUUUUCCCGAAAAACCCUUCGAAUUAGAAGUUGUUCCCAGUGGGGAGAGCCUCUCUUCAAUUCCAAGUGAAGAAAUGAAAACCCCAUUGACGUAUCGAUUGGAGAACUUUACAAUAGGAAAGCAACUGGAAAUAUAUGGAAGGGUGAAAAUACUGCCGCAAUAUUUUUAUAUUAAUUUACAGGAUGGUGGAAAUUACAUAUAUCCAAACCCCGAAAUACAUUUACAUUUUAAUCCCCGAUUUAAUACAAUUCAUGGGAGACUGUAUAUAGUAUGCAACGCUCAUUUCGGAAAGUGGGGCCCAGAACAGAGGAUUAGCAACUGCGCAAUGCUUCCUUAUACAAAAUUCAGUCUGGCUUUCCGUCGAGAUAUUAAUAAUUUUAUUAUAGUACUCGACGGUAAAAUCAUCGGGGAGUUCAAAUAUAGAGCUGAUGCUUCUAAUGUUAACACCAUACACAUACAGGGAGAUAUUGUGGUCAAUCAAGUAUAUUUAAAUAAUAAGGUCGAUGAACAUUACAACGACAAGCAUAUUAAGGUAGAGUCUCCGCCUUUAUAAGCUUGUGUGCCUUUCAAGUAUAAAGCAUGUUAAUCCGUUUUGCAUUUUUGUUAUUCAUUAUUUAUUUAUUUUAUUAAAAGUAUGUUUAUUUUAUAUUAUUUUUAUUGUAAUUGUUGAGAUUUAUAUAAAAAUAUAAAUAUAUUAACAGUUUG